GAAGCGCAUGUACUUUGCAACAGGUUAUGGCCUCAUUCAGUGUGUAAAAGGUCUUAUGUCUUUCGAGGACAAGGAUUUGUUAGCCGCGAUAGGGCACACAAGGCACGGCAACGCUGUAGCUAGUCAACACCGCAAACGCCAAGCGUCUCUGACAACACGACUUGCGGGAUAUGUAGUCAGUUCCUUGAAUACUUCUGGAGUCGGGUGGAUUAAGGACAUGACACCUGUGGAACGGCACGCUGAGUUGGUGUACGCCGAGAGUCUAUUUGAGAAGUCUCUGUUGGGUGUUGUAUACUCUGGAGACUGGCUAGCAUUCAUUAAAGAAGUAUUGAACAUGCGGACCACUAUGAAUAUAUAUCGCCAGCUGGGGAAAUUUCUUGAUGCUGUCGACGCCGAGGCUCAAGCACGAGGAGAGGGUUCUGAAGACAAAUCGAUCGAUGCAGACUUCCGCUCGGGGGUAUACCUCGGUCUUGGGAUGUCAAAUCUGAUCCUUAGCAUGAUGCCAGGGAAGCUGCUUACGCUUGUAGAGCUCUUUGGAUACAAAGGCGAUCGUCAUCUCGGCUUAGAAGUGCUGCAAAGGGCUGGAGGAUGGACUAAAGACUCAUCGACCCCUAGCGUUAGUUGGGAGGGAGAAGGCGUGCGCAGAUCGAUAUGUGAUAUGUGUCUUUUGAUCUUCCACCUCGUGCUAUCCAGUUUUACCUUUGAUGGAGUGGACAUCAUGAUGGCACAGAAAAUCCUGGACUGGAAUUUGAAGCGAUACUCUAAUGGUGUCUUCUUCUUGUUCGGCGCAGGUCGUUUGGCUCUUUGUCGGAGUCAGCCUAGUCGUGCUAUAGAAUACUAUACUAAGGCUACGCAAUCACAAUCGCAGUAUCGCAAUCUUUACCAUAUAUCAUGGUGGGAGAUCGCAGUGUCCAAUUUUUCUCUAUGGGAUGUCAGAGCGUCUCUCACAUGCUGGCGUGACCUUGAAGCGGAAGCUACUUGGUCCAAAGCUUGUUAUACUUACGGCAUGGCGGCUUGUUUAGUAGCCCUGGGAGAACAGCAAGAGGCUACUAAGCAUAUGUGUAGGGUACCUGGAUUACGACAAAAGAUUGCAGGAAAGUCCAUCCCUCUGGAGAAAUUCGUCGCACGUAAAGCUCGCAAGUUCCAACAGCAAGGCGGCCGACUUGCACUGCCAGCUCUUGAGCUGGCAUAUGUAUUCCAGGCAAUUUCGCACGCACCGAAAAAAGUCAUUAUUUCGAAGAUGUUGCCUGAAAUCGAGAAGCUGCUGCUGAAACUCAAGGAACACGAGAAAGCGCCCGCCAAAUACGAACAAGGACAUGGUUACUGGGAUGACUUGUGCCUGGCGCGAUUUUUGGAGGGUGUGUGCUUACGAUAUGUGGCAUAUCCUGAUCCUGAUGCAGUACUCGAUCCUCGCGAAGAGGCUGGUAUAUCCACUGAAAAUGCACGGAUACGUGCAGUAGCGGCUCUCGAGUCGGUCUUCAGUAAUGGCCACAAGGUUGAACUCGAUCACCACCUAAUUUAUCACGCUCACUUUGAGUACGGAAGACUGCUGGCUCGUUCAGGCGACAUUGAUGGGGCGCGAACACAGUUUGACCUUAUUCUUUCUGGUAAACCACUUGAGGUCUUAUCCGGAAGAAAAGGAAAGUAUAGUUUAGAGAACUCAUUGCACCUUCGCACACAUGCGGCACAGGAGGCGUUGUUACACAAUAGGUCGUUAUAAGAUGUAUCUGAAUGUUAUUUAUUUCUUGUGUUGUCAAAGAGUGCUUUAUUUAAGAAGUAUAACACAUGUAUUAGUUGAUCUUAGGAUACCUAUCUUAAACUAAUUUCAAGAGUAUGUCCGGUUGGAGAAUAUCAUGAUCAUGUUCACUGCCAA